AUGAUUGAAUUAAUUUCUAAUUCUAGUCAUGAUUGGUUAUCAUGUUAUAUAAUUAAACUUAAUAUUACUGAUCAAGAUAGUUUAGAUUUGGAAAUCAAACGGUUCUUGACAACAACAAUUGCCAAUUCACAAUUAACAAUAUUAAUAAUACUCCAACAAGAAGACGAAGAAGGCAACAAAAUCGAGCUUUUAAAUUAUUUACAAUUUGAAAUUUAUAAACAGAGUAGUAAAGAUAUAGUUGUAUCAAUUAUGACCAUACCUAAAGGUUGUGAUUUUUCAAUGUUGCUAUCUUCUCAAUUGAAUCAAAUUGAUGAUAUUAUUAAAGAUAUUCUGAAAUUGGAUUUAUCGAUUGCUUUGGAUGUUGUGAAUAAAGAAAAAUUGAUAUUCUUAAUGUUAAAUAUACCUAAUUUAUUACCAUAUUUAGAACAACAGCAACAACGACAAGACGAUCAGUUUACUAUUGAAGAACUUUUCCAGAAUUUUGUCAAACAUCACAAUUCAAUUAAGAAUAUCUUGCUAUCAAAUGAGCUAAGAGAAUGGCACCAUCAACUUUCAAAGGAUAUACGUAGAUGA